CGCCCCACAGAGGCUCGACCCGUGAGUGGGGCCGCCCGAAACGGGCCGAACCCGGAGCCCCACUCCACCCGACAGAGGGAGGGAAAGGAAACCGAGAUUGGGCGGAAUCAGCGCCGCGCCACCAGCAGCAGCGCUCGGAGUAGGUGCUGCUCCCCUCUUUCUUCCCCUGCCCCAUGACUGGAGGGACACUCUGCAGCAGACUUAGCUGAAGAGAGCAGAGGGCCCGCAUACACAGUGCAGUGAUGUCAGGUGAUGCAGUAGUGAGGGGUAUAUGUUGUUCACUGGGGUGCAGAGAAGAAGCAACCCCCUGCCUUUUGGACACUUAGGCGUUGGUGUGGACAAGGGAACAUUUGACUGUGGAGGAUGGGCCCACACAGUGCAGGCAGGGGCAGAAUAUUCCAGGCUUAGGGAACAGCAUCAACAAAGGCUCUGAGGUGCCAGGGACACAUGGAGUUCUCACGGCACUGAGUGGUGAAGGGAAGUGGGGAAGAGCCUGGCCGUCCAGGGUGGUGGGAGGUGGCAGGAGUUAUCGGACCGCAUAGUUUGGGUUCUCUGAUGGGCAGUAGGGGUGGGGAGGGGAAUAGACAUUCUGCUAGACAGGAGACCCCCUUACAGUUCAGGCUGGAGCAAGCUAGAUUCCAGUUCUACCACUUGGUCUCUCUGAGCCUGUCUCCUCUUCUGUAAAAUAGGUACAGUAAACCCUACUCCAGAGAGUUGUCAGGUCACUAUGCGAUGGGGGUGGUAGGAUGGGAGUGAGAGGGACUCAGAGGGACUGUUACACAACAUAUGUGACAACAGUGGGUUUGAAAGGAAGGAGCUCAUGGAAAUUCACUGAAUCUCCAGGGUCUUGCUGGAUGGUUAGGCCACCCAAGGGGAUGGGCCAUGAUCCUUGGUUGGUAAUAAAUGGACAAAGGAGAUUAUAUUCUACCUAAUAAGUAAUAGUGCUGUUUGGUGAAGACAGUCUCUCAAAAUGGGGAAAUUAAUGGAAGAAAAACAGUAUGUCAGGUGAUGCCCAAUUCUGCAUUGGGAAACUCUGCAGAGAGUCCCCACCAGCAAGGAGGCUCAGUGGGGGUACAGCUGGGUCUCAGGUGAUGUCAGGAGAUUUUGGUCAGAGGUAGGACUCAAAAAGAUUCAGAUAUCUCUGCUCAGGUAUCAUGGAACAAGGAAAAGCCAUGAGACCAGGUUGGGGUUGCAACAUAGUACUGGCAUUGGUGAGAGGGUGCAGGGCUAGAGCUUGUAGUGGAAAGUUGGACCUCAGAGUUAGGGUAAGGAGAGAGAAGCAGGGGAAGGCUCUCAACUCUGUGCUCUGGGUGUAGAGGGGACUAGAGGGCAGAGUGUGGUGGCAGGAAACCCUAAUCUGGGACGGUGCAGGGUCCAGGCAGGAGGUAAAAGAUCAAAGUCAGUGGUGAGGAUGGUGAGAGAAACACAGACACACUGGAAAAGAUUUGAGGGCAAGCAGGUGGGGGUAGCAGGAUCAAUCCUAGGUUUUUCUGCAUGCUGGGGCUAAGGAAGCAGAUUUGGGAAAGAAAAAGUGGUUAGUUUGGAUAAACUGGGUCUGAGCUGGUCUCGGGAUUUGCCCGUGGCUGGGGCUCAGGAGGGGGUCCUGGUUAGGGAGAGCAGUCAGAGAGUAGAUGGGAGUCCUAGGGGAGCGCAUAGGGGAGGAGAGCCACAGCUGACGUUUAGGGACAGGAGGAGGAGCCUGAGGAGACAGGACAGAAGCGGCCGGAGGGGCAAGAGGACAGCAGUACCGUGCGGAGGCCUCAAGGUCCUGUGCUGCGGAACCGACUGGCCACUGGGGUCAAGCCCUGACCAUGGGCAACGCGCAGGAGCGGCCGUCAGAGACAAUCGACCGCGAGCGGAAGCGCCUGGUGGAGACGCUGCAGGCGGACUCGGGGCUGCUGCUGGACGCGCUGCUGGCGCGGGGCGUGCUCACCGGGCCCGAGUACGAGGCGUUGGAUGCACUGCCUGAUGCCGAGCGCAGGGUGCGCCGCCUGCUGCUGCUGGUGCAGGGCAAGGGCGAGGCCGCUUGCCAGGAGCUGCUGCGCUGUGCUCAGCACACAGUGCGCGCGCCGGACCCCGCCUGGGACUGGCAGCACGUGGGCCCGGGCUACCGGGACCGUAGCUAUGACCCUCCGUGCCCAGGCCAUUGGGCGCCCGAGGCACCUGGCUCGGGGACCGCAUGCCCCGGGCUGCCCAGAGCUUCAGACACCGACGAGGCCGGGGGCCCUGAGGGCUCCGAGGCGGUGCAGUCCGGGACCCCAGAGGAGCCAGAGCCAGAGCUGGAAGCUGAGGCCUCUGAAGGGGCUGAGCCAGAGCCGGAGCCCGAAAUGGAUCCGGAACCAGAGCCGGAGGCAGAACCAGAACCGGAGCCAGAACCAGAACCGGAGCCAGAGCCGGAGCCCGAGCCUGACUUUGAAGAGGGGGACGAGUCCGAAGAUUCCUGAAGACCAGAGUGCGGACCGGCUGUUCCCUGCCCAAGCUGGAUAGGACCCGGGAUCCUGCCGGAGCUGGAUGGGAUGCCACCGAGGCUUCGUCCAGCCCAGUACCGCUGGAAGUGAAUAAACUCUGGAGGGUUGGCCUGGGCCUGGGCUCUCUCUACGAUUCUGGCUGUUUGCCCAGGAACUUUGGGUGCGUGCGUGCCUGAGUCCCUGGGACCUAGGCAGCCCUGUGCCUCCCCACACCCACCGCCCAGUCCCCCAGUAACCCAAGUUGCACCCUGGAGACCCCAGAACAAGGCCCCUAAUAGGACAAGAGCCUGACGCCUGCUACACUGCCCUUUCCACUUAUGAACCAUCUGGGCAUCUGUGUAGGCACCUGCCCAACUCCCCUAGGCUUGAUGCACAGAGCAAGGGAAGGGUGGCUUUUCUCCACUUAGGGAGGGCUUAGAGCUCACAGCCUUAGGAAGUGAGAUUAGAAAAGGGGAAUGGGAUGAGACCUUGGGUAAACAGAGGCCACACACAUCACUGUCUUUACUGUUUUAAUUGUCUGGCUUCUCUCCGGACUGGGGGCUCAGUGAAGGUUCCGACUAGUUAGUAACUAGCACACACAAGGCGCUCUAUACAUACUCACUGGCUAACUGAAUAAAGACUUUCCAACCGAA